AUGCCACAAAGAAGUGCGUCGGACAUUUUGAGAGAUGCUUCGAUCGACUUGACCUCGUACGAGGAUCUCUACAAGCAAUUCCACGCCCAUCCCGAACUCUCACUGCAAGAGGAUUGGACAUCUCGAACGGUUGCGGCCCAUCUGGCCCAAUUAAAUGCCUACGAAAUCCACACCCGCAUUGGUGGCUAUGGGCUCGCUGGAGUCCUCAAAAAUGGAGAGGGAAAGACCAUCCUCCUGCGCGCUGACAUGGACGCCCUUCCGGUCAAGGAACUCACGGGUCUUCCAUACGCGAGUUCGGUCACCAUGCGCGACGCCGAUGGGAUUGAGAAACCGGUGAUGCACGCCUGUGGUCACGACAUGCAUAUGACCUGUCUGCUCGCUGCGGCGGAAACGCUUGCCAAGAUGCAGGAUGCAUGGAGCGGCACGUUGAUCGUGCUGUUCCAGCCGAACGAAGAACGGGGUGCCGGCGCUCAAGCGAUGGUAGACGAUGGCCUCUAUUCAAGGAUCCCGGUUCCAGAUUAUGUCUUUGGCCAGCACGUCAUGCGCAUGCGCGCCGGGCGCAUUGGCUCCCGUCCGGGAACGAUCAUGGCGGCGGCCGAUAGUCUGAAGAUCACCGUCUACGGGCGCGGUGGGCACGGUUCACUGCCUCAUCAGACCGUCGACCCGGCGCUUCUUGCUGCGCACAUUGUUGUGCGACUGCAGGGCAUCGUGAGCCGAGAGGUUGACCCCAGUGACCUGGCGGUUGUGACCGUCGGCAGUCUCCAAGCCGGGCAGACCGAGAACAUCAUUGCGGACCGGGCUGAAAUUGGGCUCGAUUUCCGAACUGUCAAGCUGGUGACCCGAGAGAAGAUCAUCACUGCGAUCCAGCGGAUUGUGGAGGCCGAAUGCAUGGCCAGCGGCUCGCCCAGGCCACCCGAGUUCACGCCGACGCGGCGGUUCCCGCCCACCGACAAUGACACACAGCUGGCGGCGCAGCUGGCCGCCUCUUUCGAACAACAUUUCGAGGACUUUGACGGCGAUACCCCGAGAACCAAUGUGAGCGAGGAUUUCUCGACGCUGGCGACUUGCCGAGGUCUUCCCAGCUGCUUUUGGCUCCUGGGUGGGAUUGACCCUGCACUCUGGGAUCGGGUGCAUCAGAACGACAAUCAGCAUCCCACCGAGGAGAUCCCCGGCAACCACUCGGCCCGUUUUGCGCCCAUCAUCCAACCCACGAUGCAGGCGGGGGUGGAUGCACUUUGCCUGGCUGUCUUGACUUUUCUGAGAAAGUAG